UGACCGUUGUGCCACUAUUUAAACUCCUGUGUUGACAGCUGCACCAGAGGGAGAGGAGAUGCUGACAGAUCACAGAUCAUCAACGCAAACCUGCUGCAAACCCGGACUGGUAUUCAUGGACGGACUGAACUGGAUUCGGUUUGCUGGUGAACUCUUAAGGGUUAAGAUAUGACAGCAGGACCAGGCGCACCUUCAACCAGUGGGAGGGCCAAGCUGAAGUGGACCAGGACCUGCUUCUUCUGGGAAAUGGACCUCCUCUACUUCAAAGAGCAGACAGUGAGGAACAUUGUGGGAUGUAUACCUGCGUCUUCUCAGGUCUGCAGAGUCUACACAUGGUUCCGUCAAUAAUGUGUAAGCUGACCAUUCGUGCCAGUAUUCAAACUGCUGACAGAUCACAGAUCAACAAUGCAAACCUGCUACAGUACAAACCUGCUACAAACCACAGACUGGAUUCGGUUUAGUGGCGUGAGUACAACAGAAACUCAUCACAACCAAACAGAAACAAACCGCAAACACCCUUAAAGGAGACAUAGAAUGCUUGUAUCACACAUUAACAAUGAUGGCGGCGCGCAGUGGUGCAGCGACUCUUUGCUCUCCGACUUGGUGCACCCUUUUAUUACUUUUCUUAUGUUUAUUUUUUGAAUUAUGUUGGGCUAAAGUUACAUUUAGUCGCCAGAAACUUAUCGACCUCGGCCUGAGGUACAACUUGGCUGUUACCGACGAAUAUCGGCAGACACACAACAUCCCGGAGGAUAUAGUGAGAUCGCCGGGAUCCCCGUGGAUGGUCAGCCCGCCUAGCAAGCGGAGGAGGCGGCGGAGAGAGAGGAAACAGAAGCGGGGAUGCCGGUCGGGCUCGGAUGCUAAGCUACGUAAACAACCACACAGGCCAGCAAUACCGAGCCUUUUCCUCUCAAACGCCAGAUCCAUAACCCACAAAAUGGACGAGUUGGAACUACAGACAGCCACGAUGAGCUUUGUACGGAACUGCAGUGUUAUUUUCAUCACAGAGACGUGGCUUCACCCGCUGAUCCCCGACGCUGCAGUCCAGCUAGCGGACCGCACGCUACAUCGUCAGGACAGGAACGAAGACUCGGGUAAGAGCAGAGGAGGGGGGCUGUGUGUUUAUGUGCAUAACGAGUGGUGUGGCAGCAGCAGGAUCAUUGACACACACUGUUCUCCCGAUAUAGAGGUUCUGGCAGUCUCGUGCAGACCUUUUUAUCUCCCGAGGGAGUUCACUGUGGUCAUUGUGGUAGCUGUUUACAUCCCACCAGAUGCUAACGUUAGCACAGCCCUCAGCCUUCUGCUUGCCAUCAUCAACAAACAGCAGCUUGCACACCCUGAUGGAGUCUUUGUUGUUGCUGGUGAUUUCAACAAAGCAUCUUUAAAGACUGUGUUACCCAAAUUCGUUCAGUUUGUGAAGUUUGCCACCAGAGGGGAUAAUACGUUGGACAAUGUUUACUCCAACAUAAAACAUGCAUACAAAGCUACUCCCCUCCCCCACCUGGCUGGAUCUGACCACCUCUGCAUGUCCCUCACCCCCACUUACACCCCCCUGCUGAGGAACACAAAGCCUCAAACAAAGACAAUAAAAACUUGGCCAGAGGGAGCCCUCUCUCAACUACAGGACUGCUUCUCCACCACUCUAUGGGAUUUAUUCUCAAGCCACAACCUCCAGGAGUACACAGACACUGUACUCUGCUACAUAAAAAACUGUAUUGACACUGUCACCUUCAACAAAAGGGUCAGAGUUUUUCCAAAUCAAAAACCCUGGAUGAACAGCAAAGUGCAGUCCCUCUUAAAAAGCCGAAACGCCGCCUUCAAGUCAGGGGACAGGGCCCUGUACAGCGUUGCCAGGUCAGACCUGAAGAGAGGAAUCAGGGAGGCCAAGGCGGCAUAUAAGAGGAAAAUUGAGGACCAUUUCGCUGUGAAUGAUCCCAGAAGAAUGUGGCAGGGAAUAAAUCACAUAACAAACUAUAGAAGCAGUAACCAGGCGACUGCUAGGACUGAUGCCUCGCUGGCAGAGGAACUAAACAGCUUCUUUGCCCGCUUUGAGACAGACAGGCCCUCAGCAGCCACAGCACUCCCACCCCUCCCCAGCACUGGCAUGAUGACACUUCAGGAGCAUGAAGUGAGACAUGUGCUGAGGACUGUGAGCCCCAGGAAGGCGGCUGGACCCGAUGGAAUACCCGGCAAGGUACUCAAAGCUUGUGCCGACCAACUGACCGGAGUCUUCACAAACAUAUUCAACCUGUCCCUGGCGCAGGCCAUCAUCCCACCCUGCCUCAAAACUUCCACAUUAAUUCCCGUUCCCAAGAAGACAGCAGCGCACAGCCUCAACGACUGCAGACCUGUUGCACUUACGCUUGUAGUCAUGAAGUGCUUUGAGAGGCUGGUCUCCCAGCACAUCAGGGCCUGUCUGUCUCCCACACUAGACCCACACCAGUUUGCCUACAGGGCAAACCGAUCCACGGAGGACGCUAUCACUAUAGCGCUCCACACCGCGCUGAGUCACCUGGAGCACCGGGGGAGCUAUGUCAGAAUGCUCUUCCUGGACUUCAGCUCAGCCUUCAACCACAUCCUACCGGAGAUCCUGGUGCAGAAGCUCUCACACCUGGGUCUCUCCAACCAAACCUUUGGAUUAAGGACUUCCUGUCAGAUCGUCCUCAGUCAGUCAGACUUGGUCCACACCUCUCCAGCACCAUCACACUCAGCACCGGCUCCCCACAAGGAUGUGUAUUGAGCCCCCUCCUCU